GGGCUCGUCAGCAGCCAUGGCGAAGUAUAGAGAAAGGAUAAACAAGAAUUGAACGAAUCAAAGGGGGGAUAAUCAAACGACAAGAACGAAAGAAGCAAGGGGAGAGGAAAAGAAAGUGGGGGGAAACAACCAAGGGGAGAGAAAAGAGGUGGAGAGAAGAGGAAAGAAGCGAAGUUGUUCUUUUGCCUUCUUGGGACUUUCUCUCGUUCGGGCGUUGGCGGCGCUUAAACGGGUCCGGUCCGCCUUUAGCGCCGGCCGAUUUUGAUUUCUCACCUGGACGGCUUCAUCGGUCGCAUCCUCUCUUCUCACUGCUUCACUUUCCACUUGAACCAUUCCCCUUCUCUUCCUCUCUCACACAUCAACCAUGGAUGAGGAUUACUCCACUGGCUCGGUCGACUCCGACCGUGAGAUGACCCGGUUGUGGCGCACAUGGCGCACCGUUUUCGAGAUGCUUCAAGAUCGAGGCUACGAAGUCACCGAAGAAGAAGUCCAAAUCCCCCUCACCGAGUUCCGCAUCAAAUACGCCGACCCCAUGGGCUAUCCCGAUCGCAACAAGAUGAAGAUCCAAGCCCGUCCCUCAGAAGCUAUGGCCGCCAAAUACACACCCCUCCCCAGCAAGUCGAACCCGUCGCCCCAGCCCGACUGCGGCACCAUCUACGUCGAGUUCUGCGCGGACGCCAGCGGCGUCGGCACCAAGCAAGUGCGCGCCUUCAACCACUUCGUCGACGAGAACAACUUCCACACCGGCGUCUUCAUCACCCAGACCCCCAUCUCGCCCUCCGCCGUCCGCCUCCUCGGCUCCCUGCCCGGCCGCGUCUGCGAGCACUUCCAGGAGCAGGAUCUGCUCGUCAACAUCACCCGCCACGAGCUCGUCCCGAAACACGUCUUGCUCAGUCCUCAGGAGAAGGUGCGGCUGCUGGAGCGCUAUCGUCUGAAGGAGUCCCAGCUGCCUCGUAUCCAGGUGUCGGAUCCUGUGGCGAGAUAUUUGGGUCUGCGGAGAGGUCAGGUCGUCAAGAUUAUUCGUCGGAGUGAGACUGCUGGGCGGUAUGCCAGUUACCGCUGGGUUAUCUAAUUUAUUCCUUUUUUUUUUUUUUCUUGUCAUCUUGCCCACCCGUUGGGCACAGUAUGGAGAGAGAAAGAAGGCAUAAAAAAGAUGAAGAAAAGAUAAAAACGGGGAGGGAGGAAAAAAAGAAAAGAAAACACCUGCAUGGGCAGCAUGGCGUAUGGGCGAAAUCUUCCAGAGUUGACUUCCAGGGCUGUAUGGAUAGUAUCCUUUUUCUAUUUUAUUUUACUUGACUUUAAUUUGUGUUUUUAUGAUUAGUCUGGACGAGUCAUUGAAGCUAGA